AUGGUGUUUCACGCCUCUCUCCUCGCGGCGGCGAGUGCCACACUGGUCACAGCUGCAUACUCAUCAUCGUGCUCCUCUGGACCGGCAGCGGAGUUUCUGCUCCUAUCGAAUUACCAGCCGGCGCAGCAGUUCUGCGCGCAGAACUACCCUCCUCCAGCUCCGAAGACUGUCACUUUGUGCUCUGCCGCACUAUCAUACACAGGUUCGCGAAAACGCGACGAUAGCGGCUCAAAUGAUGAUACUAGCAAUGGAAUGCCUCCACCUGCAAGGACCAUCUUCAAAGCACUCCUCCGCCAGGACGACCCCACUCAGAAGAUCUUCUGCGCAUGCAUUACUCCGCCCGUGAAACCCAUCACAGUAAUAGCAAGUUGCGCCGCAGGCCAAACCUGCAGCCCCGACGGCGUUUGUCGACCUACCCGAGACUGCAGCAAUCCAGCCUCCUGCGACGGACACUCCUUCUGUGGCAAAGGGCCUACUGGAAACAACCUCUUCUGUCAUCAGGAUACUGACAAUGCCGAGAUGGGGUAUUGCAUGAAUGACGGUCCCGCCGAUCAAGGAUGUCCGGAGCCGUAUGAGGAUUGCCAGGCCAAUUCUGAUUGUGGUGGUUCCAGGGUGUGCAUACAUUCUUGCUGCAGGAGUGAGCCGUUCUGUGUGGAUGUCAUGGAUUAUAGGUCGGAGAAUCACAUGUCGCCUUCGAAAAUGUUUAGAAGGAGUGCUUGA